AUGACCAAGCCAAACCUUAGUGACCUAGAGCAGAAAGCAGUCAUCGAUGAGCUUCGACGGAUCAGUAACAACGGUACACUGCCUCGGGGAGCAUACGCAAAGGUUGCAACUGGUAUGGGGCGCGACCCGACCACUAUUAGCGCUACUGGAAGCGGUACGCUGCCACAGUUGGCACAGGCGUCCAAGGAGACAGGUCUGUUGAAAGGCGGGCUGCGGCCAGUGCCGGACUCUCCUGCUACAUGGACGCUGCACUUCAAACCCAUGUAUAACAUGGUACAUGUUGAUGAGAAAUGGCUUUAUGCAGACCGAGACACGCGUUCUUACCUUGUUUUAGAAGGCGAAGAGCUUCCUUCCCGGGUGUGGAAGAGCAAGCGGUUCAUCCCUAAAACCAUGUUUUUGGCUGCAUUAGCGCGUCCACGGUACGACCCUCACCGGAAUCAGGAAUGGGAUGGCAAGGUCGGAAUCUGGGACUACUUGCUCGAGAAAGUGUUUCCUGCAAUCAAAGUAAAAUGGCCCAGGAAGGACCGCCAUCAAAUUAUUUUCGUACAACAAGAUAAUGCCAAGCCCAAUGUGCCACCAUCGGAGCCAGCCAUCCUCGCCGCUGGAACAGAAGGUGGAUGGAACAUCAGACUGUUCUGUCAAACGCCGAAUUCGCCAGACCUCAAUGCGCUGGACCUGGGCGUCUUCAACUCGAUGCAGUGCAUUCAGCACCACAUCCACAUCCCCAGGAAGGACAUCAAAGCCCUCAUUGACUCGGUGGAAUCGGCGUUUCAGCAGCUGAAACCCCACACGGUGAAUGACAUCGUCGUCACGCUGCAGGCGUGCAUGCUUUGCAUCCUGCAAAACGAGGGGGGAUUGUAUAAACUCCCACAUUUAGGGAAAGCCAAACUCCGGACGAAAAAGCGUCUUCCUGUCAGUCUAAACUGUAGUAGGGAGCUGUACGAAGCUGCAAUAGCACUAUUCGAGUACUAUAGCGAGGAAACGUCGCUGCUGUCCCGUUCAAAUGGCUGA